AUGGCUGGCUUCAUGGAACGCAUUCAAGCCAAGAUCGAGCUUUUCCGCCUUGAACAGCGCUACACCCGUCGCCGGAACCGUCGGUCAACAUUUGUUUCAAACGCCGUGUACGUUGACGGCGAAUACGUCUACCAGACGCCCAUCUCCACAGGCUCCUCGACGAACACAGCAAGCACCUUUACGUCGAUCGCCAGCCCGCCUCGCUCGCAGUCGCCUCCCGCUUCUACGAACAGAGUCCGCAAUCGCCUCUCGAUGCCCACCUUUGGAUCUCUGUCAAAGGCCACUCGCGCCCAGGAUUGGCGGGCAGGACCUACCAUCAGCGAGGACCGUUGA